CCCGUGUAUAAAAGCAUGCAGCUAGCGCACCGGUGCAUCACAUUCGUCAAGAUGAAGGUAACCAGCGUGUGCAUUCUAGUUGCUGUACUCCUGUGCUCUGCAGCCGUGGCCGAUGCCACGGUUUUCGCUUAUGCUUCAACGUGUGCCCGGUGUAAAAGCAUCGGAGCCAAGUACUGUGGUUAUGGUACCGUGAGUACCAAGGGUGUCUCUUGCGAUGGCCAGACAACGAUUAGAAGCUGUGCGGAUUGUAAGGCGCGAUUUGGCAGAUGCGUUGAUUCUUACAUUACGGAGUGUUUCUUGUAAAUGAGAUUUCUUUUUGCGUUAGAUUAACUGUUUGGUCCUCGAAAUAGUAGCUACAGAUACUGAUGUAGGAUCUCUAUCUCGUCCAGUCUUUUAGAAUAAUGUUGGCUUGGAUACUUGAAUAAAAAACACCAUUCGUCUGUAGCUCUCCUGCUCGAGGGCCCUUAA